AUGGCUUUGCAUUUGAUGAUACAUGGGAAAACGAGCCGAGUGCUGCGUGAAAAACGAGCAGAGGGAUCGAUUCUUGUUUCUGAUUUGAUUGGCAUUUGCUGCGUCUCUCAGCAGGACGUGCUUCAGGUCGUCGUUGAGCCGUCACUCUGUUCGUCCGAAUCGCCGGAUGCGCCCGCGGCAGCGGAAGGACAAUCACCUGCUGGACCGAGUUCGGCAAGAUCCACCAAUGGAUCUGAGAUCUCAUCCGGAUCGGUAGAGAAGGACGAUGAACCUGAGCCUGGAAUGACCGGUAAUAUCUUGGAAAUGAUCAGCAAAAGCCUGCUAGGCAACGCAUUCAAGGUAAUCCAUCCUCAGCGCACUGCACUUACCACCCAUCGCGUUCUGUUUAUCCAGAGAAAUGGUCAUCCUUACACACGUUGUGUACUUUGCGUGGCAUUGGGAAAUAGAUGGGACGGUGUGAAAGAGAUCAAAUUGACAACUGUAAUUGUAAAACUCAUUGCGUUUUUGAUUGAAAACCUUGGAGGACGUUAA